ACAGCUCAUCACACUGGGAAGAGGGUUCAGUUGUACCAGCCUCUCAUGUAGAAGAUUUUCUGUUUACGUAUGAAAAAGCUGACUUACCAAUUUAUUUGUUUAUUUCUCUUCAACAGCUGAAGGCUGACGUGGUUCCAAAAACAGCAGAAAACUUUAGAGCUCUUUGUACUGGUGAAAAAGGAUUUGGGUAUAAAGGAUCCACUUUUCACAGAGUGAUUCCUUCAUUUAUGUGCCAGGGUGGUGACUUUACAAAUCAUAAUGGAACCGGUGGAAAAUCCAUUUAUGGCAGUCGUUUUCCAGAUGAAAAUUUCAUACUAAAGCAUGUAGGACCUGGUGUUCUCUCCAUGGCCAAUGCAGGACCCAAUACCAAUGGAUCUCAGUUCUUCAUCUGCACUGCAAAAACUGACUGGCUAGAUGGAAAACAUGUUGUUUUUGGGCAUGUAAAGGAAGGAAUGGAUGUCGUGAAAAAGAUUGAGAGCUUUGGUUCCAAGAGUGGAAAGACCUCCAAAAAGAUUGUCAUUACUGACUGUGGCCAGCUGUCCUAGCCUUUUCCCUGCCCUUCAGGACAACUUCAAUGCUGUGAAAAAACGAAUCCUAAAAACCCCAAACAUUUCUGAUCACAUGCGUAGCACCUAUGGAACCAUAUUUUCUAUUUAACUUGGUACAACUUUUAUACUGAAUAAUAUUGAUUACAAGUAUCACCCAGUAACUGAAACGUGUUUUAACUGAGCUA